AUGUCGGCCGUCUUGCGAGCUCUGGAGGCUAGGUCUGCUACGGCAAGAACGAACUUUCGAUUUCAAAGGUUCAAUCGUCCGACCAUUGGAGCCAUGGCGCCAGCAGCAAAGCGAAACAACAGUUCCCUUCCUACGGGUUAUGUCGAAGACAAGUCAAAGGGUCCGAUGUUGAGAUUCCAGGACUCCCUACCCCGGUUGCCCGUACCCACGUUGGAGGAGACAGCGGCCCGCUAUGUCAAGACGCUACAUCCUUUGCUCUCCGAAUCUGAAUUUGCCGCCAGCAAAAAGGCCGUUGAGGACUUCGUUAAGCCCGGUGGUAUCGGCAGCAAACUACAGGAAAAGUUGCUUGCCCGCAGAGAGGAUCCUGCUCACCGAAACUGGCUUUACGAGUGGUGGAACGACGCUGCAUACCUUAGUUAUCGAGACCCUGUCGUCCCCUACGUCAGCUACUUCUACUCCCACCGCGAUGACCGUCGCCGGAGAAAUCCCGCUAAGAGGGCUGCUGCCAUUACCUCUGCUGUUCUUGAAUUCAAGAAGCAGGUCGACGAUGGCACCCUGGAGCCUGAGUAUAUGAAGAAACUGCCUAUUUGCAUGGACAGUUACAAGUGGAUGUUCAACACCAGCCGCGUCGCUGCAAAGCCUGCCGACUAUCCGGUCAAGUUCUCUCAUAAGGACUACAAGCACAUCAUCGUCAUUCGCAAGAAUCAAUUCUUCAAGAUUCUUCACGAAGUCGACGGUAAGCAGCUCAAUGCCUCGGAACUCGAGCAACAGUUUAGCAAAGUUUAUGAAUUGGCUCAGCGUGUCCCCGCUGUUGGCGCUUUGACAAGCGAGAACCGCGACGUCUGGGCCGACGCGCGCGACAUUCUGCUCAAGGCGAGCCCGAAAAACGCGGCCGCCUUGGAGGCUAUUGAGUCCUCGGCCUUCGUUGUUUGCCUCGACGAUGCCGCUCCCGUUACACUUGAGGAGCGAGCGCACCAGUACUGGCAUGGCGAUGGUGCAAACCGCUGGUAUGAUAAGCCCUGCCAAUUCAUUGUUAAUGACAACGCUACAUCGGGAUUUAUGGGAGAACAUUCCAUGAUGGAUGGAACCCCCACACAUCGCUUGAACGAUUUCAUCAAUGAUCUUAUCUUCAACAAUAAGAUCGACCUCUCCGAUCCCUCAAUCCGCUCCAAUCUGCCAGAUCCUCAGAUUGUCAAGUUUGAAGUUACCAAGGAGGUCCAGGCCGAGAUUGAUCGGGCCACCAAAGAUUUCCACGACGUUAUUGGUCAACAUGAGCUUGCUGUUCAGGCGUAUCAGGGUUAUGGCAAGGGUCUGAUCAAGAAGUUUAAGUGCUCGCCCGACGCUUAUGUCCAAAUGGUAAUCCAGCUGGCUUACCACAAGAUGUAUGGCAAAAACCGCCCCACAUACGAGUCAGCGGCCACUCGCCGCUUCCAGCAAGGUCGUACCGAAACUUGCAGGACUGUUUCGGAUACCUCUGUCGCCUGGUGCAAUGCCAUGGCUGACCCCAAUAUUGAAGAUCAGGUCAAGAUUGACCUGUUCCGUCAGGCCAUCGAUGCCCAUCUCGAGUACAUCACUGCCGCCUCAGAUGGCAAGGGUGUUGACAGACAUCUCUUUGGUCUCAAGAAGCUGCUUGAGCCUGGAGAAGAGCUGCCAGCUAUAUACCAAGAUCCUGCCUUCUCAUACUCAGCUUCCUGGUACCUUUCAACAUCACAGCUUAGUUCUGAGUUCUUCAACGGAUACGGCUGGAGCCAAGUUAUUGACGCUGGCUUUGGCAUUGCCUACAUGAUCAACGAAAACAGUAUUAAUUUCAAUGUUGUAUCCAAGGGCCUGGGUAGCCAGAGAAUGAGCUUCUUCCUCAAUGAAGCUGCUGGUGACAUGCGAGACCUUCUCAUGCCUUCUCUCAAGCCAGCGAAGGCUAAGCUAUAG